CAUUCGGAAUCAGUCAAUGUUGAGUUGACGGCGCGAGAAGACGCGGGAGAAAGAGAGCGGAGAAUUGGGGAAUUCAAGAGUCCAAAAUCUAAGAAUCAGAAUUAAAGAACCGUCGCUGUGCCGUAUUAAAGAAUUAAAGAAUCGAAGAAUCAGAGUAUAAGAAUCGCUACAUCUAAAUCAAACAGAAACGAAUUGCAAAUUAAAGAAUUCAAAAUUAAAGAAACAUCGAAAAAAAGAAUUCAAAACUAAAGAACCCAAACCCCGUCGCCGUGCCGUAAAAUUAAUUGUUGUUUUUUGUGUGUGACUGACUCCAUGUGUGCCUCCUAGGUAAUGAGUGAACCCACGAGUAGUUUCAACUACAGAGACUAAAGACUUUGGGCGCCAAACCAAACAAACACAAGCCCCGCCGCCGUAUAGAGAAUGCUGGUGCCGUCGGACAUGAUUGCGGCGCAGUCCAAGAUGGUCUACCAGAUGAACAAGUACUGUGCGGAUCGCGUCCAGGUGCGGAAGGCGCAGAUCCACAAGCAGAUCCAGGAGGUGUGCCGGAUUGUCCAGGACGUGCUGAAGGAGGUGGAGGUCCAGGAGCCACGAUUCAUCUCCUCGCUGAACGACUACAAUGGACGGUUCGAGGGUCUGGAGGUUAUAUCGCCCACGGAAUUCGAGAUCAUCAUCUAUCUGAAUCAAAUGGGAGUGCUCAACUUUGUGGACGAUGGAACGCUGCCGGGAUGUGCUGUACUGAAGCUAAGCGAUGGCCGGAAGAGGUCCAUGUCCCUGUGGGUGGAGUUCAUCACGGCCAGUGGCUAUCUCUCGGCCAGAAAGAUACGAUCCCGAUUUCAGACCCUGGUGGCCCAGGCGUGCGACAAGUGCGCCUACCGCGACAUCGUCAAGAUGAUCGCCGACACCACGGAGGUCAAGUUGCGCAUCCGGGAGCGCAUCAUCGUCCAGAUCACGCCCGCCUUCAAGUGCGCCGGCCUCUGGCCGAGAUCCGCCUCCCACUGGCCGCUGCCGGGCAUCCCCUGGCCACAUCCCAAUAUCGUGGCGGAGGUCAAGACCGAGGGAUUCGACAUGCUCUCCAAGGAGUGCAUCGCGCUCCAGGGCAAGAACUCCGCCAUGGAGGGCGACGCCUGGGUCCUCAGCUUCACCGACGCCGAGAACCGGCUGCUGCAAGGAGCCAGUCGACGCCGGUGCCUGAGUAUCCUGAAGACCCUGCGAGAUCGGCACUUGGACCUGCCCGGCAACCCGGUGACCUCGUACCACCUGAAGACCCUGCUGCUCUACGAGUGCGAGAAGCAUCCGCGGGAGAUGGAGUGGGAGGAGAACUGCAUCGCGGACCGCAUCAACGGGAUCUUCCUGCAGCUGAUAUCCUGCCUGCAGUGUCGCCGCUGUCCGCACUACUUCCUGCCCAACAUGGAUCUGUUCAAGGGCAAGUCGCCGGGCGCCCUGGAAAAUGCGGCCAAGCAAGUUUGGCGGCUCACCCGGAUCAUGUUGACCAAUGUGCGUUGUCUGGAGGAGCUGUAGGGCACCCAUUCUAUAUGGUAUAUAGACCCUUUGGAUUUUUGGCAGCUGCAGGGGGGAAAAAAGCACGCAGUUAACCACCGUUGGGUUUCAUAUUUUUUUAUUCGCCUUUUGGUUUUUUUUACUGAUUUUUUUUUUUUGUAAGCUAAAAACAAAGGCAAUGUGGGGGGGAGAGGGGAUCGAAGAGAAGGGGGAGAGAGAGCAGUGAAAUUGUAACCCAAAUACUAUUUGAUAUUUCGCUAGAUCGUAACUUAAAUUUAGGUGCUUUCGAAAAGUAUACGCCGCUUACAGAGUUUCCUAUAAUUAGAGCAUACCUAGUGUUACCCAUUUAGAUCGUCAUCGUCGCAAAACGCACAAAAGUUACCAUCUAGAUACGUACGAUUUUUUUUUAACAUUUUUUUGGCCCAUUGCUAAUAGCAAAGAGCAGAGCAAAAUUAGCUAAAUUAGCCGUAAGUCCAAUGAAACUGAGACAGCCGACGCGGGAAUAUUUCUCCGUCGGUCCUAAAUUAUUUAUUCUAUGUUUUUGCCUUCUUAUUGUGAGUUUAGUCAAUAAAACCUAAGUUUUUCAAUGAAAA